CUCAACCUGUGGAAGCCGCGAUGAACAGCUGAUCCUCCCGCAGUGGAUAAAACCAGUCACCAUGGUCACCGCCGAGUCCUGAUCUCUCAUCCCACGCGUGGCACUAUGUGAAUAGUUAUUGGAGAAGUAGACAAAAGGAAAAUAACUGAAAGAAAAAGGGAAAGUAGAGUGAAGGAGUGUUUUUGGAGCGUGUUAUUUCUGUCCCCCCUCCGGUUUGGACCUGUUGAUCAUCAGUGUGACAGACGGACACACGCAGUCUACCUGCCGCUGCCUGCUCUGCGCUCACCGACCAUCAAUUAUGUUAUUGUCAAGUUUUCUUCUUUGCAGCUUCUCUCACUUGUUGGCGCCUCUGUUUCUCUGCUACCUGCCGCAAGUCUCCGCACAGAAGCCUGGUUCACGGUGGGUGAUCGGAGACAGAGACAGAGACAGAGACUGUGGGGUCAUCUGCUCACGAACGCAGGGAAAGCCAGUGUGCGGCUCAGAUGGGCGGAGCUAUGAGACUGGCUGUGAACUGCAGAGGGCACGCUGCAAAGAUAAAACACUGACACUGGCACACCGCGGCCGGUGUCGAGGUAAAAGCUGGGGGAAAAUUGAUCAGUUGCCAGUUGCUCCAGCACCAACUUCCACAUCUGAAGGGAGAGACCUGGAGCUCAAAGAUGCAGGUCAGUCCAAGUGUCGUGUUGAAAGGAACCAGGCUUUGGAACAAGCCAGGAGACCUCAGGAGUCCAUGUUUAUCCCAGAAUGCAAUGAGGAUGGAACAUUUGCCCAGGUCCAGUGCCAUACUCUGACAGGUUACUGCUGGUGUGUCACCAGUGACGGCAAGCCAGUCAGUGGCUCCUCUGUGCACAACAGGACCCCGGUGUGUUCAGGGUCAGUAACCGAUAAACCCUCCGGGCCACCGAACUCUGGUAGAAAAGUCUCUUUCCGUUUCUUUCUCACCCUCAACCCAGAUGAUGGCUCCAAGCCAACGCCCACCAUGGAGACUCAUGUCCCCCCUGAGGGUGAUGAGAUUACUGCUCCAACACUGUGGAUAAAACAACUGGUUUAUCAGAUGGAUAGGCAGAACAGCUCCACUUCCAGGAAGCAAGAGAAAGUUCCCUCUUGUGACCAGGAGCGACAGAGCGCACUGGAUGAGGCUCGGCAGAAUCCCCGGGAUGCCAUUUUCAUCCCUGACUGUGGGCCUGGAGGCCUUUACAAACCGGUCCAGUGCCACCAGUCCACAGGCUACUGCUGGUGUGUUCUGGUGGACACGGGACGGCCUAUUCCUGGAACCUCCACCAGGUACCAGACCCCAGAGUGUGACAGUGCUGCACGAUCUCGCAUCUCAGACAUAGAAGACCCCUUCCAAGGCAGAGACCUGACAGGCUGCCCAGAGGGAAAAAAAGUGGAAUUCAUUACAAGCUUGUUAGAUGCCCUCACUACAGACAUGGUGCAAGCCAUAAACUCACCAGCCCCCUCUGGUGGUGGGAGGUUUGUUGAGCCUGAUCCCAGUCACACUUUAGAGGAGAGGGUGGUGCACUGGUACUUCGCCCAGCUGGAUAACAACGGCAGCCACGACAUCAACAAGAAGGAACUCAAGCCGUUCAAGAGGUACCUGAAGAAGAAAGCCAAACCCAAGAAAUGUGCCCGCAAGUUCACCGACUACUGUGACCUGAAUAAGGACAGGGCCAUUUCCCUGCAGGAGCUGAAAGGCUGCCUGGGUGUCAGCAAGGAGGGUAGCUCAACAACAAGUGGCAGCCAAGGGACAAGGCAAGGGACAAAAUUGUUCAUAGGUCGUCUGGUGUGAGAAGAGAAGGAUCCAGAAGCUGAGACGAGAGCAGAGGGCACAGAGGGAAGGCAUCUGUACGCUUGCUGACAGGAAAGAGAAAGAUGGAGCAGAAAAAUUAAGAAGUUCCUGAGUUUCAAAAAAAUGAACAGAAAAACAAGAAAAGAAAACGAAGCGGCGCCAAAAUAUUUGCACUUUCUCCUCCCUAUGUUUGACAUUUUAUCUGUUCGUGCGUGUUUUUUUUUUUCUCUUGAAGUGACUGAAAAGGUCUAGGUAAGAAUGAGAAUAUAUUUGUAAAAAGAUGACUCACCACUGGAAGAUGUGUAUGUCACCACAUUUCCCUUUGUGUUUAGUCUGCUGUUGUGGUUCGUUCUGUCCUCAGAUAAUGGGAACAGGCACUAACACAUUUUGUGGCUAUUAAAUUCAACUUACAUUUCCCCUGUUACACAUAGUAGCACACAGGCCAGUGGUUACUCACUACAGAGGAGCUUACAGUGAGUCACAAUCAGCCCAAAUGUUGCUCGGUAAAGACAAACUCAAAAAGGAAGAGCUAUCGCAAAGUAGACCAAUUUAAACGAAUGUGUAAUGUUGUAUGUGAGCAGGCAAUAUUAAGUGAACGGCAUGUAUUAGAAUUAAACUGUGACAAUGAAGUCUAAUUUAUCAGCACAUAACUAGCUGUAUGAAUCCCCUUGCACUGUACAGAACUUUCUAGCUACAUUAACAUAUUGGCUUAAGAAUCUGAUCUUUUUUGAACAGUGCUAUGUCUGGUUUUUGUUCAGUACGUACCAGUGUUGUGGGAAAGCUAGCUGUAUGUAAGUCACUACUUUACUCGCUCAUCACACCAUUCCUUAAUGGUGUACAUUUUGUAUGACCCAAAACCAAUGCGAGAUGCAAUGUUGUAUGUAGUUUAUUAGCACAUUGUCUGCACAAGAUGAAGUUGACUUUUUAUUUGUUUUUCUACUUUUUUAUAAAGUUUGUGCUAACAAAACAUGAAAUAAUUAUAGUGAAGAAAAAAUAAAGUAAAAAAAAAAAUUGUGUAGCAGCUAAUACGGUAAUAUGAGUACUUUUAAAGUCAUGCAUCUAGCCCAACACUGGUACAGUACAUACACAGUCUUAAAAGUAUACUAAUGCAGCUUAACACUGUAGCACCCAGCAGGUAAAACAUUUCUACAUGCUUGUGGUUGUAUGAACAUAUUAAAGCUGCAUUAAUGAAUGUUUGACCACUAGAGGGCAGAGGCAUUCCAAAACCAGAGACACAACCCUGGACUAUUAUUGCCUCACAACCUUGUUAUGGCUAACAUUUUAGAAAUACGUUUCCUCUUUACAGAUCUAGCUAACACAGAGAAAAAUCAUCUCAAGUCCAACACAUACUCUCUUUUGAGCUCUGUUUUUGGUCUCCACCAACUCCUGAGGGAAAGAAAUCUGGUUCUUUAGCACCUACAUAUUCACCAGCAAGUUGCUAGCAUAUAGUAGUUUUUUUCAUAGCUCAUUUGUUGAAAACAGCUUGAUGAGGGUGCUGAAACCAAACUAUAUAGUAAAUGUAACAUAAAAAGAGUAACUGCUGCAGAGUUGGGUGAUAAUUUUCUGAGAGUUUGUCAGUAAGAAGGUCCCCUUAAUGUUGAUAUAUAAAAAUAUUGAUUAAUGCAGUUUUAAGUUCAAACCACAAUGAACACAUAUCUUGUGUCACAUUGUUGUUCUAUGUGUGAUUUUGUGUCAAGUUACAAAUCAAUGUGGCUAGCUAUAUUAUUCUACUAAGUUAAUGUUAGUAUUCAUUUUCUACACAAUCAAACCUAAAAAACAGCUAAAGAGUCUGGUUUUUACAGUAUGUUAAUGGUGAAUUCUGCAUGUUUUUCUGCAUUUUUCUUGUGUUUGGUGAUCAUAUUUUCAUCGGGCUCUACUGGCUACUUUUACAAAUUACAUCAUCAUCAACAAAUCUCUGAAAAAGACCCCCUGGUGGGGAUUUUAUUUUUACAAAACCAUUUACAGUCCAGAGAAUGAGUUUUAAAUAUUCUUAAUAGUACCAGGAAAAAGAGGUGGCACAGAUGACUAAACCCGACCAGUAAAUGGAGUAAGAUGUUUACAUGGCUCAGUAUCCCGUUAACAUCAGCUCAUUUCAGCUGUCAUAUUCACGUUUAUCCCAAUUAUUGUAAACAUGUGGCAUUUACAAAUGCCAGUUCCUAAAAUAAAUAUUUGAGUCUCCCCAGUAA